AUUCAAUGUGGAUAGUUUGUGUUGUGUUGUGGUGAUCGAGUCAUCGUGGUGACGGUGGUUGUCGUCCUCGUCCUCGUCCUCGUCGUCAUGAGUCGUGAGAGUGUGGUCAAGAGCGUCGUCUCUACCUACGAGUUACUAAAGAAUGAGUGGUCCAAGAAGAACCGCAAUCUGGAGACAUGCGGCAAAUUCCUGUCUGACAUUAAGGUGGAACUAACGAAGCUUCAGUUCUUGCCAUCAAUGGGCCAUAGUGUAUCCAAGGAAGAGCUGCUUGUAGCUAGAAACACACUUGAGAUUGGAGCACAAUGGAGCAUCGCAAAUAAGAAUAUUCCAUUUUUUGAGCGAUAUAUUGCCAUGCUUAAGAUAUAUUAUAUGGACUACAGGGAACAACUUCCAGAAUCCCCAUACAUGUACGAAUUGCUUGGAUUAGACUUGCUAUGUUUGCUGGCCCAGAACAAAGUUGGAGAAUUUCACACCACUCUUGAGCACCUGCCCCCUCCAGCUGUCACUGACAAUGUGUACAUUCGCCACCCAGUUGCAAUGGAGCAGUAUCUUAUGGAGGGAGCUUACAAUAAGAUCUAUUUGGCAAAGGGAGAGGUUCCUGCAGAAGGAUAUAAAUUCUUCAUAGAGGAAUUAUUAGCCACCAUUCGUGAAGAUAUUGCUGACUGUGUUGAGAAUGCCUACGACAGAAUCAGACCCGAAGACAUUGGGAAAAUGUUGUAUCUGUCUAGCACUAAGGAAAUCCUCCAGUAUUGUGAGCAGCGUGGGUGGCAGGUGGGGGGUGAUGGAUACUUGCACUUCAAGAAGGAGGUGAGGAAGAGUGAUGACAGCAUCCCUUCCAAAGAACUAGCUCACCAGAUGAUUAAUUAUGCUCGAGAGAUGGAACAAAUUGUAUAAUAUUACAGUACGGUACUUAAAAUUCAUCUUUGUCACACAUUUGUAAAUUUUCCCUUUUACUUGUUUUCAUAGGAUAUUUUAUUAAAUCUUAGCUAUUCAUAAUUUAUCAGCGAUGUGUUUCCAAUACAGUACUUUCAUUCUCUUUAGUUUCAGAUACAUUUUUUAAUUCAAAUUUGUAAGUGCUUUUGUCACGUGCAACUCUCACUGUACGGUAUACUGAAUUUGUAAUAAAAUUGUAGAACUCU